AAAUUUCUAGCGGCCUUUAAGCACCUUUUCUUCUCCACUUGGUUCAUUCGAAGAACACAAAGAAGGGAAAGUGUCUUAACAGGAAAGAAAAGAUCAUGGCAUGUUUUCUUCCUUUCAAUAACAGAAGCCUGGACAUAUGCCUCUUUCUCUUCAAGCCAACAGUUGUGCUUGUCGACGACCUCAUUGAAUCACUCAAAAAUUUCUCUUUGCGCACUGAAAGUCUUGGUUGUCUUCAGAGUUCUAUAUUCAAGAGCAUCCAUGGAAACAUGAUCAUUUGGUAUGGAGGAUGGAUGAAGAAAUCUAGUCAAGACAAAGAUUUAUUGACAACAACCUUAUUAUCAAUGUUAGCAGAUACGUCAAGCAUGGCGGUCCUGACUGAGCACAGCUUCUUUGAUGCAUAUGCAGGAGAAUCAAGAGAUGGCACUUCAGCAGCCAAGUUCUCCAGAGGUGACACAAUCUCCAUGAACAUCAUCCAACCUUCCUCCGGUGAUCUCAACGACCUCUCCUAUGCAAACUUAGCUCUCUUCAGGUCACGUUUCUUGAAGAUGGAAGGCGCAGCAGCAGGGGUUUGCUUGAAGUGCCUGAGCAUGCCAAUGGUAGCAAGCCUUUAUGUAUGGAAAUCCCUCCAAUCCUGCUAUUCUUGGAUCCUUAACUCGGAUUAUAGGAAGAACAUGUUACCUUAUCUUGAGCGAUUCUCUCUUAGUAUUAAGUAUGACAUCUUCAAGGUAGUCUAUGUUAGUAGUGAAAAUGUGCUCAGUUAUCAGGUUCCAGCUCCCCAGCGGGUGCUAGAAAAUGGACGAGAAAUCAAAGAGGAAACGCAGAUCAUGCCAAGUUGAAGUAUGGCUUUCUUAGCCAAUUUAGCAUAUACAUUUUGUUGUCAUCUAAACUGAGUAUUAUGAAAGGCUCACGGACUAGUUAUGUUGAAUGUUUGUCUUUGCUUUAAUUUCUUGGGCAGAAAUGUUUUCUGC